GCGAUAUACACAGAGCGCCUCCACCGCCCACCCGCUCGCAUGCGAAGUGGAGCGAUUGUCAGAGCGGCAAGAUAAAACUCUGAGCACCUACUCCGGGCUGUCGCUCUCACCGACGACGUACGGCGCCGUUUCGCCGGAACGAAAGCUCCUUUGCCGCAUAUACGUGCACCUUUCCUGCGUUAGCGCUCGUCUGUAUAGCUGAACCACGCGGACGUCAAAGCAGGUAGACAGCCGAGCAGCCAUGUCCACGUACCAGCCUCCUCCGCCACCUGGCAGCGACCAGUACGUGCCGCCGCCUCCGCCAUCCGACCAGGUAGACAGCUACCAGGCACCCGUGGGAACCGGCUACUGCCCACCACCGGCACCGGACACCGUGGACUCGGCGGCCACAUACCAGCCGCCCACUUUCAGCUACCAGCCGCACGGCGCAGGGUACACGCCAGGCAGCACCUACGUGCCGCCUGCGCACCCCGGCGACAGCUACCAGCCGCCCAGCGAGCCGGCCUUCUACAGCGGUAGCAGCGCCGGCGACACGUACGCGCCGCCUCCAGCACCGGGUGGCGACGCGUACUGCCCGCCAUCCCAGCCAGGGUACGACGCCCCGCAAGACUGCUACGUGCCUCCGCCACCCCCAGAAGAUUGAUACCAAUAAAGGAGUACAAAGUGA